AUGGCUAAUAACCAUUCACACAUGGCAGGGAUCAACUCUCAUAUUGAGAUGGGACCGAUAGACGGAAGAUCAGUAAUGGAGCUUGAAGAUGAGAGCAUAGUCAGUCCUCAGCCAUCGGAUAUAAAAACACGUUCUGUGGAUGUAGCUCCUCACAGAUCUUUCUUUGGUUUUGGAACGGAAGAGUUUGGUUGUAAAUAUAUAUUAAAUAGCACACUUAACAGUAUUAAGAUCGUUUUGUUUUCCAGCAAAUUGAACUUGCUGGCAUCUUGUGGCCCUUUAGCAAUAGUAGUUGAUAAAUUAACAAACCAUCAUGGAUGGGUAUUCUUUCUAAGCUUAUUAGGCAUCAUUCCACUGGCAGAACGUUUGGGCUGGGCUACAGAGCAGCUGGCUUUCUACACUGGACCCACAGUUGGGGGUCUUUUAAAUGCUACAUUUGGGAAUGCAACAGAGUUGAUAAUAUCAAUGCAUGCAAUGAAUAGUGGCAUGUUACGCGUUGUUCAGCAGUCGUUAUUGGGAUCAAUUCUUUCGAACAUGCUGUUGGUACUUGGCUGUGCAUUUUUUUGUGGUGGAAUUGUGCAUUGCAGUAAGGAGCAGGUGUUUAACAAGGCAUCUGCAGUGAUGAACUCGGGAUUACUCUUGAUGGCAGUGAUGUGUCUCUUAUUCCCAGCUGUCCUCCACUUCACGCACACUGAGUUGCAUUUUGGCAAGUCUGAGCUCAUGCUGUCAAGGUUUAGUAGUUGCAUUAUGAUUAUAGCAUAUGGUGCAUACCUUUUUUUCCAGCUAACAAGCGAAAAGAACCUCUAUUCCCCUAUAAAUGAGGAAGGGACUCCGACGGAUGGUGGCUCAGAUGAUGAUGAACCUCCAGAGAUCUCAAAGUGGGAAUCUAUUACAUGGUUGUUUCUACUGACUUUUCUGAUAUCCGUCCUGUCAGAAUACCUGGUUAACGCCAUAGAGGGGGCAUCUGCUGCAAUGAACAUUCCAGUGGCAUUUAUAAGUGUUAUACUGCUACCAAUUGUUGGGAAUGCUGCAGAACAUGCUGGCGCUGUUAUGUUUGCAGUGAAAGACAAACUUGACAUUUCUUUGGGAGUGGCAAUAGGCUCGUCAACUCAAAUAGCCAUGUUUGGGAUCCCCUUCUGUGUGGUAGUUGGAUGGAUCAUGGGGCGUCCUAUGGACUUGAAUUUUCAACUUUUCGAGACUGCUACACUCUUUAUGACUGUUCUCGUAGUGGCCUUCAUGCUGCAGGAGGGAACGUCGAAUUACUUCAAAGGACUGAUGCUCCUUCUCUGCUAUCUGAUAGUUGCUGCAAGUUUCUUUGUGCAUAUAGAUCCUAAGUCUGUACAGGACAAACCCAGAACAAAUACAUAA